CACAGAGAUUAAACUUAGAGCUAGCUUCCCUUCAAAUCUUCCUUCUAUUCUCUCCUUUCAAUCAAGGGAAUAUUUCUCGGAUAUUCCAAAACCAUGGCUCACGACACUCCUUUGAUUUUCGCUGUUGGCAUUCUAGGUAACAUUGUCUCCUUCAUUUGCUUUCUAGCACCAGUGUCGACGUUUUAUCGAGUUUGUAAGAAGAAAACAACCGAAGGGUUCCAAUCAGUUCCAUAUGUGGCUGCACUCUUCAGUGCUAUGCUUUGGAUUUUUUAUGCCUAUAUAAAGAAGGGUGAAAUACUAAUUAUCACCAUCAAUUCAUUCGGUUGUUUGAUAGAGACAAUUUACCUUGUCAUCUAUAUGACUUAUUGCUCCAAGAAUGCUAGGAUCUUCACAUUGAAGCUGAUUUUCUUGUUCAACUUGGGGGGAAUUUUCUUGGUUGUUCUUCUAACCCACGUUCUAGCAAAAGAACGAACAGCCCGUGUCGAGCUUCUUGGAUGGAUUUGUGUAGUACUUUCUACCAGUGUUUUUGCAGCACCUUUAAGCAUUAUUAGAGUGGUUAUUCGCACCAAAAGUGUAGAGUUCAUGCCUUUUACUCUUUCAUUUCUCCUCACAGUAAGUGCAAUUACGUGGAUGGCAUACGGUAUUCUUCUGAGAGAUAUCUUUGUUACACUUCCAAACAUAGUGGGUAUUGCGUUUGGAACAAUUCAAAUGGUGCUCUAUGCAAUAUAUAGAAAAAACAAGCCCGUAAGCGAUCAGAAGCUGCCAGAACAGAAAAGAGAUAUUAAUGAUGAAAACGUCAAUACAACAGUGACUAAUGUGAAUCAGGAAGUGAUUCCUCAACCCGUUGAUAUCGAGAUUGGAGAAAAGCAAGUUCAGCAACCUGAGAAGCAGUAGGACCAAGUUGCUAAUGCUUGUGACCAGACAGAGCACAACAACAGAACAUGGGAAGACAUUCAGCUACAACAAGAACAAAAGGAGAGUCAAAAAGUUUAACGAAAAGCUACUACACAUAAUUAUUGUUCCUAUUUUAUGUAAUUUCUGUUCUCUUUAAUUCCUGUUGUUGAGCAUCCAAAUAUUGGUAAAGCAAUUGUCCCCAAAUGUUAUUCCAAGCAGCUAUCGCAAGCCAGUGAAGCCACCAUUAAGU